AUGGCAAAAACACUCUCACUUCUCCUAGCAACCAUAGCUACAACCCUCAUAGUCAUCUCCACCUUCAAAACAACUGGCGCCACCAUAGCGAACGAGGCACGGCUAAGCUCACAAUGCGAGCGACAAAUACGGUGGGAGAAAAUGGAUCAUUGUAGGCAGUACAUGAGGAGUGAAAUGGACGUGUUAAUGUACCCAAAUUCGGGGAAUCAAGCAUGUUGUCUUAGGGAGUGUUGCGAGAUGCUCCAAGAGAUGGACGAGGAUUGCGUGUGUGAGGCACUCGAAUGCGUGGCCGAGGAGGAGAAGGAGAGGAUGAUGAGGAGCCGAGAGGGGCGGCUAAUGGGAAAGGUGGUGCUUAGGAAGGCCAUGCAGCUCCCUGGAAGGUGUGGAAUUAGUACAAGUAUGGAAACACAAUUUCCUGAAAAAGCUGAAAUUGAUGAUGGUUUGGCAGUUCUUGUGUUUGAUUGA